CCGUUUGUCAUUUCCAAUAGCGGAAGUCAACUAGAUGUCAAUCGUGGCUGUCUUGCGUUCUUUUUCCGGCAAUCGAAUUUGUGUGAAAGACACACUUAAUUUUGCUGCAGACUUAAACAAUGUCGAAGAGAGGACGUGGAGGAUCCGCGGGAGGAAAAUUCCGCAUCUCGCUCGGUCUACCGGUUGGCGCCGUCAUCAAUUGCGCUGACAACACGGGUGCCAAGAACCUGUAUGUCAUUGCUGUCCACGGCAUCCGCGGUCGUUUGAACCGUCUGCCGGCUGCAGGAGUCGGUGACAUGUUCGUAGCAACGGUGAAGAAGGGAAAGCCAGAGCUGCGUAAAAAGGUAAUGCCGGCCGUCGUGAUUCGGCAGCGCAAACCGUUCCGUAGGCGAGAUGGAGUUUUCCUGUAUUUUGAGGACAACGCUGGAGUGAUAGUGAACAAUAAGGGUGAAAUGAAAGGCUCUGCUAUCACUGGACCCGUUGCGAAAGAAUGCGCUGACCUGUGGCCUCGUAUCGCAUCCAAUGCCGGCUCGAUAGCUUAAGGAAAGCUGCGCACAGUGAGAAAAUUUGCUAACCAACAACAGCAUAAAGUACCGAAUGCCGGAGAGUUUGUUAUGUUUCAAAUGUCUUCAGUGAAACAUCCAACGUUGCUCGGUGAUUGAAGCAUCAUCAGUUCAAGAACCGCGAAAGCAAAUAUAAAACACAUUGGAACCCAAA